GUGCGGCGGAUCAGCGCGCGGUACUCGCAAUUUGAAUUGGCCCGUGUCACGUGACCUCGGUCCCCACCGGACCAUCGUCCACUCGCUUAUCACUAAUAAAAUUGAUUUAGUUCUCAAAAGAAAUCCUUUAGUUCAUAACAUAUAGGUCAAAGCGACCAAUUCGGAGAUGCGCGAACCCUGUCACGCAGCCUAACCAAUCUUGAUCCACCAUGCGAGGCAGUACCGCAGGAUUUCCCGACAAUUUCCAAGGCGACGGUACCACGUAUUACACUCUCAUCACGGUGCUAGAUUUGUUGUUUUCCGCGGUAAUAGUGUGCCCUUGCGUCGUCAGCUAUUGGAGAAGCGUUUGGACUUUGAUGGACAUUUACGUUGCGCCCAAUAACAAACUUCUAAGCGCAGCAAUCUCAACUUCGAUCGGCAUUUGCGGUCAUCUUUUCUUCCUCCUAUUCCAGAAAGUCCUGGAAAACAAUUUUCACCCGGAUAAAAACAGGAUCCUGUUUUAUUUAGUGUCCAGACUAUAUACAGUGUGUUUCGCGUUUACUUGCGUAAACGGUUGGAGAGGACCAUGGGACAUACUGACGAUUCACACGCAAACCGACUUUAAAAGUCUGAUGGUUACGACCGCCGUAGGAUUGGUGGCACUAAUAUCAAUGAGGGCCUUGAGAAAUGUGUCUUCGCCUCCAUGUGUGAUUGUUAAUGAUUCGGUUAAAGGAUAUUUUGAAGUCCUGACGAUGUUCAGAGUCACGGUAAAAGAAAAAGUGUCCUUACUUAUUCUGGAUUGCUUAUUUUCCGUAUUAGUGGUAGGGACACUGGUAGUAUUCGUCUGGAGAGGUUUAUGGAUCAUGGUAGAUUUAUUCCUAUUCCCAGAGGAUCGCGUAGCUUCGGCCCAUGGGAGUUUGGUAUUGGGUUACUCAAUCAUAGCUGUAGUUUAUUUGUUGCAACCCCUUAUUAGAAGUAUCUGUACCAAACUAUCUGGAGCUAGUAGAUUACUUUUUGCUGAUUUAUUUAUUAUAUUUUCACUGGUGGGAACUAUUAACGUGUGGAGAGGAAUAUGGAUGAUGUUAGACAUUUAUUUUUUACCAGAUGACGUUGCCUUGAGCUGCUGGAUCACUCUAGUCAUAUCCUUAACACUCCUAAUUCUGUUGGGCUGUGCGAACUCACUUCUGGUACGUGGAGUGUACAUUGAUGCGGAAGAACCCAAUGGAAAGUGUGUCGUGUUGCCUUGCUAUUAUCUGAGAUUGAUUUUCCAAGCGGAGAAACUUAAGAAAAUCAAUAAGAAAAUGCGAAUGGCCGAAAAAGUGGAAAAAUACGAAGUUAUUGACAAUAAUCACGUGGUUACGAUAAAUACCAUAAGUAGUGUUGUAGAAGAAAACAGUAAAAGAGAUAUGUGCCACUUACAGCGUCUAUGACCGGACUUUAAAAAAUACAUACCGAACUUGCUAGUCAGCGAAGAAGGACAAAAGAUUCUACUUCUACAGAAACAAGUAUUUAUUUUGAAGUAUUUCUUUUUUUUUAAUGUUAUUAUAUAGGCACAACAAAUACCUAUUUAUUGUUUCAGUAUUUUAAUUAUUGUUGUAGUAAUAAGUUUUAUGCCCAUGAUAAAACAUUUUCGAUGUUCUUUAAAAAAUACUAGUAGAUAAUUCGGGAAUACUUUGAGAUUGAGAACCUCCUACACCAUGAUACAAAGAAAACAAGGUAUGAUAUUGCGCAGGUUGGUCACUACGUCACAGAUUAUAAACGGCACCAUUGGUCGGCAAGCUCCGCUCGCCAAUUUCAA